CUUUACUGCCUCGAACAUGGGAUCCAGCCCGACGGCAUGAUGCCCAGUGAUACAACGGUUGGUGUUGCGCACGACGCUUUCAACACUUUCUUCAGCGAGACUGGUGCUGGAAAGCAUGUUCCCAGAGCCGUCUUCGUUGAUCUGGAGCCUACUGUUAUCGAUGAAGUCCGUACCGGAACGUACCGUCAGCUUUUCCAUCCGGAGCAGCUUAUCUCUGGGAAAGAGGACGCUGCUAACAACUUCGCAAGAGGACAUUACACUGUUGGUAAGGAGAUUGUGGACCUUUGUCUUGACCGUGUGCGGAAGCUUGCCGAUAACUGUACCGGCUUGCAGGGGUUUUUGGUGUUUAACGCUGUUGGUGGAGGAACUGGUUCUGGUUUGGGUUCUCUGUUGUUAGAGCGUUUGUCCGUUGAUUAUGGAAAGAAGUCUAAACUUGGCUUCACCAUUUACCCUUCUCCUCAGGUUUCUACUGCUGUUGUAGAGCCUUACAACAGUGUUCUCUCAACGCAUUCUCUACUCGAACACACCGAUGUUGCUGUCCUCUUGGAUAACGAAGCCAUC